AUGACUGACUCGAAGCUGGUGAUCCCCCUCGAGCUGAACCCGGAGAUCUUCUCCCAAUUGGCGGCGAAGCUUGGUCUUUCGCCCGUGCUCCAAUUUCACGACGUCUACUCGCUCACUGACCCGGACUUGUUGGCGUUCUUGCCCCAGCCCGUGUACGCCAUCAUCCUCCUCUUCCCCCUCACCGGAGGCUACGAAGACUAUCGCAAGCAGCAAGAUGCUAAUCUGCAAGGCUAUCCCAACCCUGAAGACGUCCACUGGUAUAAGCAAACCAUUGGCAACGGCUGUGGCCUCUACGCGUUGCUCCAUGCCCUCACAAACUUACCCCGCGAUUUCAUCACCGCCCACCUGAGCGUAUCCCACUUAAUCGACGCCACUAGAGGUAAGCUGGUGGCGGAAACGGCCCGUCACGUUGAGGACCUCGAGUCGCAAAUCAAAUUGGACGAAAACUACGGUGUUCAGGGCCAAACCGAGGCGCCGGCACCAGAAUCGCUGGUGGAACUCCACUUUAUUACGUUUAUUAAGGGGGAUGACGGCCACUUAUACGAACUUGAUGGCCGCCGGGCGGGUCCCGUCGACUUGGGAGAGGCUACCGUCGAAAAUAACCACUUAUUGUCUGACCCUAAGGUGGCCCAGAAAGUGCAGUUCUACAUGGAUAACACCGACGAUGCUAACAAGAAUAACUUUGCCAUCAUGGCGCUUGCGCCGUCGCUCGACUAG